CAGAGCUGAGAGCUUAUCAGUUAGCAGUCUGCUUGCCUCUCUGAUCCAUUGCCACAACAGCAUUUGGAAUUAACAGAGAGUUGUGUUAGCAUGUCAGUUGUAAGACUGGAAUACAAAAUACAGUCAGAUAAAUCAUGCUAUUUCAAUCCGGGUGAUUUCAAGUAAACGGCGUAACCAGACCAAUUAAUUAAAUUGGAUGGAAAUUAAUAGAUUUGUGUGUGUGCUUCGUCUAGUUCAUUCUUGUGCAAUUCUUGUUUUGUGGAGAAACUCGUUUCGAAAUGGGUCUCGAGAACAUUUUACCUACCUAUCAUAGGUCGCCAACUAAGUUGCCGAUAUCUCUAAACAAGCUGUGCCGUUCAAAGGAGAGAGUUUUGCUGGGUUUUGUGUGUUUUGGGCUUGUAGUUGCUUGUUUUGGAACAGUUUUUUUUCUUCCAGAGUUACGCACUGGUAUUGCAUUGCCAUCAAUAAAUAGUGUGUAUAAGGUUUAUGAACAUGUACAAAAAGUUGGCCCUGAGUUCAUAUUGCAGUUACCUCCAUUAGCAAAAGAUGAUGUACAUGAUGGAAAAUCUCAACAACAUCAUGGCCAAAUUGACAAGCCAGAUUUCCAUUUAUUGGAAGAUCAAGCCAGAUUAAGAGCAAAGAUUGAAACAGAAGAGAGACUAGAACUGGAGCAAAACCAGUUGAAAGUUCUACCCAAACCAAUGAUUCCUUCAAGUAAAAGUGAAGCUGGUGAUUCUCGUUCAACCCUAUCACAUGGGUCAUUCAAGAAAGAAAGUGAUAAAAACAUUGUUGACCAACCCAAAAUUCGGCUACCUAAGGUUCAGGGUGGAGACGACGUUGAACCAGAUAUAAAAGCGAAAAGAGAAACAGUUCGUAAGAUGAUGAAACACGCAUGGGAUAACUACGCAACCUACGCGUGGGGUAAAAAUGAGUUGCGGCCCAUCAGUCACAAGGGCCAUAGUGCCUCAAUUUUUGGAUCUGGUAACUUUGGCGCUUCAAUUGUUGAUGGUCUCGAUACUCUUUACAUCAUGGGAUUCAUGGACGAAUACAAGCGCGGUCGAGACUGGGUGGAAGAACAUUUGAAUUUAACAGGAGUGUCGUCGGAGUUGUCUGUUUUUGAGACAAAUAUUCGAUUUGUAGGUGGAUUACUCUCCUGCUUUGCUAUUACUGGAGAUUCGAUGUUUCGUGAAAAAGCUCUGCAUAUCGCCGAGCGACUUUUGCCUGCAUUUAAUACCCUUACGGGUAUUCCGCAUGCAUUAAUUAACAUCGGCACCGGAACGAGCAAGAAUUACGCAUGGGCCAGUAGUGGUUCUAGUAUUCUCUCCGAAUUUGGAACAAUGAGUUUAGAGUUUAAUUAUUUGUCGGAUAUUACUGGAAAUCCAGUGUUUCGCCAAAAAAUUGACCAAAUCACUGAGGUUAUCAAGAAACAGGAAAAACCCGAAGGGCUGUAUCCUAAUUACCUUAAUCCAAAGACUGGACGCUGGGGCCAGCAACACAUUUCCAUGGGUGCACUGGGAGAUUCAUUUUACGAAUAUUUGUUAAAAUCAUGGCUGCAGAGUAGUAAGACUAAUGAUGAAGCCCGAGAAAUGUACGUUGACGCUAUGGAUGCUGCAGUGGCGAAGUUGAUUCAGAAAUCCAAUGGAGGUCUAACUUACUUUGCUGAAAUGAAAUUUGGACGUCUCGAACAUAAAAUGGACCACCUGGCAUGUUUUACAGGUGGAAUGCUGGCUUUGGGAGGUACCCAUUUAGAGGAACCCCUAAAGAGUAAACAUAUAGCUCUGGGAAAGGCUAUAACACACACCUGCCACGAGUCUUACGAUCGAUCCAACACAAAACUCGGGCCUGAGGCUUUCCGUUUUUCCGAUGCAAUCGAAGCAAAAGCCUUGAAAUCCAAUGAAAAAUACUACAUCUUACGUCCGGAAGUUAUUGAAUCUUACUUCGUUCUUUGGAGGUUGACUCAUGAUGUGCGUUAUCGACAAUGGGGCUGGGAAGCUGUGCAAGCUCUUGAGAAACACUGCCGCGUCGAUGGAGGUUAUACUGGCGUAAAGAACGUUUACAGCGAUGAGCCCACACAGGAUGACGUCCAGCAAAGUUUUUUCCUGGCUGAAACGUUGAAGUACCUCUAUCUUCUCUUUAGCGACGACGAAUUGAUUUCUCUCGACGAAUGGGUGUUCAACACAGAAGCGCAUCCUCUACCGAUAAAGAAAGUGAAUCCUUUCUAUCGAAGUAUCUAGAAACGAAUUUCGCGCGAGACUUUGUAAAUCCGAACAGUUAUAAGAAGGAGCAAGCAGCAUUAACCGCUGAAUAAUUAUUUUGCAAUUUGACACUUGUGUGUGACACCUGGUCUAAGGAACGCGUAGCGAGACGCACUUUGUAAUUGUUUUGUUCCGUUCAUGGAAUGGAUUUGUUUGACUGUUCAUUUUAAUGACGCUGUUAUGUUAACAAAGUCAAAUGUUGCCUGGCGCCAUGCUGUCUCCGUUUUAAAUCUAUUUUCAAUCUUCUACCAGUUAAAAAGUAGGUCAGUUUUUUUCAUUUUGCAAUCAUUUGUAGGGAAAUUUUGUGAGAUACGCAUCCCUUCGUUUAAAAAAACAAAAAAAUAUUUUUUUCCAUUCACUUUAAGAUUCGUUGCUAAUGGCAAUUUAAAGACAUGCAGUAAUGAUGAUAAUUUGUCAAUCUGUUUCACUUCUAAAGCCGCCUGUACACACGACAAGCGUAGUGUUGACCAUGUUACACUCCUGUGUUUCGCGCGAUGCUCCAACGUGAAUGCAGAUUUGUUUUGCCACUGAAUUCCUUUUUUGUAAUCUUACCAUUCGUUAUGCAUGCGUGUUAAAUCAGAGGGUAAAUAAAGAGUUUUAUUAUCACA